CAAUUCUACGAAAAAUUCACAUUUCUACCACCAGUUUUCUCUUUUAAAGUAUUUUUCCAUGCUGUUCCUUUGGGGCCACUUUCCGCCAGACUCUGGAGAUGUGAUCUUAUUCUUAUUGAUGGAGUUAGUAAGCUGAAUAUACUCAUGAGCAUGUGAUGAUAUCAUAAGAAUCCCCCAGAGGUGUGAAUAAUGUUAAAACAUGUACUUUAUUUCAGUUUUUAAAAACAUAGCGUCCUUUCAGGGCCUCUACAGACUCAGGGAUCGUCUUACAAUCAGACCCCGUCACGUGAUCAUCAUGACACUCUGGAGUCUCUGUAUAAAUAAGUUCGUCCAUUUAGAAGUUCUGCCAAACUCCAGAAGAGCUGCGAGAAGACACAAGUGGCACACAUUCACAUGAGACAUAGCUCUUCAGUUUGCGCAUUCUAGAUCUCCUACAGAGGCUGCACUAAAAAAGAAUGGAGCACCUGGAAAACUCCACAGCAUCACUCAAACGCCUCUUCCUGCACACUCAGAGCACCGCGGACUCCCAGGCAGACAAAAGCGACGGCAACGCGUACCUGUACAUAUUAAUAGUCAUGUCUUUCUACGGAGUCUUCCUCUGCGGUAUAAUGUUGGGCUACUUUCGCUCCAAGAGGAGGGAGAAGAGGAGGAUCAACAUCUUCACGCGCCUCGUGCACGAGGAGGAGCAGCGGGAGUGGGGCGCGCUACCCAGAAAGCACAGCCUCACCUUCCCCGCAGCUGUCUCGGCGGUGCCCUCGGUGCAGGUGUCCCUGCCUUUCUGCAGUAACCACGGCAACUACUUUGGACACCUUCACUACGAGGGCGCGCUGACUUCCCCGCUGGCGUGCGUGUUGUGCACGGAGCAGAGCAGCAUCAGCUCCCUGUGCUCCUCCGCGGACACGCGCUUCACCAUAGAGGAGGAGUCGGACAGCGGCACGGCGGAGGAGAACAUGAAGGGAGCAUCCGAGAACAGCGGAGACGAUUCAGGCUGAACUUUGCCCCGAAAAACUGAGAGUUAACGAUCCACUGCAAAAAGAGGAGAAACAUCACCUGAAGAGACCUGGAGGUCCUCAGGAGUCUUCAAAUUAAAGAGGCCCUAAGAGUCCAACCAUCAGAUGUUAAAUCCCCGAUUUGUAAUAAAAACUCAAACCAGCGUGAUUCAUGACAUGAAAUCAAUGAAGGGGCUGGAAACGGCUUAAUGAGACUGAGUGUGACAUGUUUAGAUCUUAGUUGCACCGCUUAGAGGGGACAUUUGCACAGAGCUGACCUACUGUUUGCCUGAUGUGUUUUGAAUAACUGCUGCUCCAUAUUUAUGACAGUAAGACACAUUGUGACUCUGCCACACCUGACCUACCCAGUGGCAGCAUGAAAGGACACAUACAUCACAUUAAGCCACAUGUGGCCUCAUAAGAUUUUCCAUUUUUGUUUUGAUAUUUAUACCUAUCUUCAUUUCCAAUGACAAGAUAAAGAUGCAAUAGUCAUUUCACAUGUUAUGUGUUGGGAUAGCUUACAGGUAGUGACUGUAGUUGUGUUGAUAUUAAUCUCAGCUUUGCCUAGUAGAAGUAAACCAGAUCAUUUACCAUUAUGCUUUAUAAUUUUACUGUAUAUUUGCUUCCCUGUGUGGCCACCCCUCCCUGCUGGAGCUCCUGCUGACGCCACCGCACUGGUUUGGGCUGAUGACUCACCCUGCAGGGGACUGAGUGGAAGACUGGCUUUUUGGGCUGUUUGGUCUCAAACUGAACUUGACUUGCUUGGUCAGGAGUAUUGAAAUGUACCUGGAACCCACUUGAAAAAUUGUCUAAACUAAACUGUAAUUUGUUGUAGCUUCAUGGUGGACACACGCUGUUCAUACACAACAGAUGAGUUAGGUUUACUUGAUGGAAGCGAUGCACUGUACAUACGGUUUUUAUUUGUCACUCUGUAUGCCUUAAUUUAAGAUGGAACCCUUUGUAGACUUGGAGAAAAUAAUAAAUGCUUUUGAACUGAAA